UUGUCCACCACAGGCUGCGGGUCCCGAAGAUGAAGUGUCACAUUCUCCUGAUAACGGUCACAGCUUUGGCUCUGCACUUGUUCGGGGUUUCUCAAGGAUCACUUGUGAUCGAGGAGCAGACAAAUGGAAUCACUUUGAAAUGUGCACAUGGUAAAGACUGGCAAAAGGAUGGGUUAGUAUACGAUCGGGUGACGGACGAUGGGAGUGUCAGGCUCUCGACGCUGUCAGACAGUGAUACCGGAGAAUACAGCUGUGCAGAUGAUCAUGGAAGUUCUUCAGCUUUUGUGUUUGUCAGACUUUGUAGGAACUGUGUGGAGUUGGAACCCGGUACCAUCUCAGGGAUUGUGGUUGGGGACAUCAUUGCCACCAUCUUGAUCGCUCUGGCUGUUUACUGUGUGGUUUCUUCCAACAAGGACAAAGUUUCCAAUGAGUCUGAGAAGCAAAACCUUGUUCCUUAUGAUCAUAAUGACCUUUAUCAGGAUCUUGGGACACGAAGGGGAAGCUGUGAAUACAGCCAGCUCUCCCCACGGCUGAAAAUAUAACCCACUCUCCUGAGACUGACACAACAGACUUUGAACGUGGCAGCAACAUCUACCACCUUGCUCACUGCUUUUCUGUUAUUUGAUAAUGUUUUUCUGACCUUUGGUUGUUGUUGAUGAGUCUAUAUAAGGUCAAUGCAAUUCCAAUGACUGGUCCAACUCACAGUCUUAUCCCUGUUAACUGUUGUCAUUUAGCACAACAUCAGCUAUGAACAAAUGAGCUUUUGUGAGCAUUUUGUGGAGUAACAAAUUGUUUGGGUUUCACUGUCAGUGAUAUCUCAUUCCAUUUAUUCACUCGGUAUUUUUUGAAUAUAGAAUGCUUUGGCAAGAGACUGGAGUAAAGUUCUGGGAGAGCAGUGAUUGUGGGGGGAGUUAGAGAGGGUGGCUUUUGGAGGAAAUGAUUCUACUCCAAGUUGCAGCUCAGCUGCUAGCUCCAGUUUCCCCCAGAUGCUUUUAGUCGCAUGAUUUGACGGAACCCGGGUCUUGCUUAAAACAGAGUGGUGCUGUUGAAGCUUCUUGCCUUACACUCAUCAGGACAGAAUUACAGGAAUACUAAAAUCCCAAAGGGAACACCAAUUUAUACUGAUGAGGAAAAGAUGCUGAUUGGUUUGCAAAUCAACACUGGCAAUGCCUUGACCAACCAAAGGUAAUGCAAAGUUAGCUCUGAUUCUGCAUUAGGAUAGCACUUGCUGGACAGUCUGGAGUGUGCCAAGAAUUAUGCUAACAACCAAUUGAAGGGUCACAUUGUAACUCAUAUAUACAUGCUGGAAGCUGCAUCUAUUCACACACACUGAUCUGACAUUUUGUUCAGACAUUGCAGCUUUUUACAAAAGGAUGGGACAGUCGUCCUCUGGUGCAUUUUCUGUGGCACUGUUUCAAUCAAUCUGAGAUAAUUUGCCAACUGUUCAGCACCCUCUCCUCAUGCAGUAUAAAUUGUUGUUCCCUUUGGGAUUUGGAAUUCUUGUGAUUCUGACCUGAUGAGUGCAAGAUAAAAUACUCUUAAUGAUAUGUGUGUUUUUCAGCAAUAAAGAUGCAUUUCAUUUUCUAGACCAGUUAGGGAUUUUGAUUUUCUGUAUUGAGUGCUGGUUUUUAAUUGCUUUAUAAACACUGUCUGCUCUUUAUUGACUUAGUUCCAUGGGCUGAGAGGCAGCUUUCUGAAGUUGGGCAAUGUGUUUAAUUCUUUUCCAUGCUAAUGACUUAUAUGUACUUCCUUCUGGUAUAAGCAUCAAUCCAUCUCUACCAGCAUUUAGGAUUUGAUUUGAUUUAUUAUAGUCACAUGUACCUAAGUACAGUGAAAAGCUUUGUUUUGCAAUGAGUACAGGCAGAUCAUAACAAACAAGGACAUAGAGA